AUGCCACCUAAAGUCAGCUCGAAAGGUGCCAAAAAGGCCGGGCAGGCUAAAUCUGCCCGUACCGGUGAUAAAAAAAAGAAGCGAAAGAGAAAGGAAAGCUAUUCGAUUUAUAUUUACAAAGUGAUGAAGCAAGUUCACCCAGACACCGGCAUUUCUAGUAAAGCAAUGUCCAUCAUGAACAGUUUUGUGAAUGAUUUAUUUGAGAGAAUAGCAGCCGAAGCCAGUCGUCUAGCCCACUACAACAAGCGCUCAACCAUUACCAGUCGUGAAGUGCAGACUGCUGUCCGGCUUCUUCUGCCUGGAGAACUGGCCAAACAUGCUGUCUCCGAGGGAACCAAAGCAGUUACCAAAUACACCAGUAGCAAAGCGAGCGUUUUUCUUUCGUUCUUUUUCUUCUUUAUUCUUUUUUGUUCUCUUUUUCUUUUUUCCUUUUUCUUUGUGUUCUUUUCUUUUUUUUUCUUUCUUUCUUUUUUCUAUUCCUUCUUUUUCUUUAUUUUUCUUUUUUUUUUUCCUUUUUUCUUUAUUUCUUUCCUUAUCUUUUUUUCUUUCUUUUUAUGGCUUGAUUAA